AUGGCACCGGUUUUCAACCAAAUCAUUACCAAGCUCGCAACGGAUGGCGCGUGGGGUCCCCAAGACCCAACCGAGGCGGAGGGGACUAUCAAUGGCAUGCCCUACAACCCAUUUUCAAAGGGUGAUAAGCUAGGACGGCUGGCCGAUUGGUCUGGAGAUGCCAAGGGCGAUAGAGAUCAAAGAGGCCGUGGAUAUGGUAGAAAUUAUAGAGACCAACAAAUUUAUGGAGCUGGUGCCUCGACACUCUUCCCACAAUUGCAAGGCGAAGAUGAAGCUAGCUUCUCCUUGGUUGAUAACCGAUCGAAUGUUAAACCAAGGACUCCCUUCUCUCGCGGUGGUGGAACCGUCUUCCGAGGCCGUGGUCGCGGGGCUGCUGGAGCUGCCCGUGGAGGCCAGAGAGGCCAGCAAUUUGGCAGACAACAAACUGGAAGGCAACAGGGAGAUGUAUCUAGAGGGCCCAGGAAUAAUAGAGGACGUCGAUUCGGAUGGAAGGAUUACGACAAGCCACAGAGAAACAGAGAUUCGUCGGUUGUUAUCAAGCCUGAUUGGAAAAUGCUGGAGGAAAUCGACUUCAACCGCCUUGGCAAACUUAACCUUGAGAUCGAUGAUGGAGAAGAUGUCGAGUCUUAUGGUUCUUUGUUCUACUACAACCGUUCUUUCGACCGUUCUGCAACUAAAGCAACAUCGACACCUUUGGUUAUCUUUGACAGGGCGUGGUACAAUCCAACCACAUCCGGCGAUCCAAUCAUCCAGAAGCUUGCAGAUGGAGAGAAGGCCACCAUUUUUGCGACGGAUACUGUCCUCUCGACUUUGAUGUGUGCCACAAGGUCUGUUUACAGCUGGGAUAUUGUUAUCAAUCGAGUUGGAAAUAAGCUUUACUUUGAUAAGCGUGAUGGUUCUCAAAUCGACUUCGCUACUGUCAAUGAGAACGCUGCAGACCCACCUAUGGAUGUUAACGAAAGCAACAAGGAGAACAUCAAUUCACCCGGUCGAUUAGCUCUCGAGGCUACCGUCCUUAAUGCCAACUUUGCUGUCCAGGCUGUUAUUGAGGACACUGAGCAUGAGCACAAGUUCGAACAUGAGGACCCCUUCUAUACACCCGCACCAGGUGAACCCGAACUAGCGAGGAAAGGAUACAAGUAUAGGCGUUUCGACCUAUCCCUGUCGGAUGAUCAACCACUGCAUUUGAUCGUCAGGACGGAGAUUGAUGCCGUCAUGAAGAACCCGGCUUCUGGCCAGAAUAAUCUCGUGACGAUUAAAGCUUUGAAUGAGUUUGACGAGAGAGCACAAGGCAGCGGCGGAGCUAUGAGCUGGCGUAACAAGCUUCACACCUCCCGCGGUGCUAUCGUUGCUACCGAAAUGAAAAACAACAGCUGCAAGCUUGCUAAAUGGACCACUCAGGCCAUCCUGGCUAAGACCGACUUCAUGAGAAUCGGUUUUAUUUCACGAGUAAACCCGAAAGAACGUGAGAAGCACGUCGUCUUGGGUGUCGUCGGAUACAAACCCCGUGAAUUCGCGAACCAGAUGAAUCUCAGCUUGAGCAAUGGAUGGGGUAUCGUCAGAACAAUCAUUGAUAUGUGUAUGGCAAUGCCCGAAGGAAAAUAUAUACUUGUCAAGGAUCCCAACAAGCAAGUUAUUCGUCUGUAUGAGGUUCCACCAACCUCUUUUGAGGAAGACGGCGAAGGCGAAGCGGCUAUCGAGGAGGAGGCGGAAGAAUGA